AUGUCUUCUAAUAUGGUGCAACCACAAAUUCCUAAAUUGAUGAAAGAAAAUUAUGAGAGUUGGCAUAUUCAAAUGAAAGCAUUGUUUGGAUCACAAGAGCUAUGGGAGCUCGUCACUAAUGGGUAUGUAGAACCCACAAGUGAGCAAGAAGCCACCUACAAUGUAGAGCAAAAGAAUUUGCUUAAGGAUCAGAAGAAGAAAGAUAAGAAGGCACUGUUUCUACUUUAUCAAUGGGUGAAUGAGUCAACUUUUGAGAAAAUUGCCAAAGCAGAGUCGAGUAAAGAAGCAUGGAAGUUUCUUGGCAUUUUUUUCAAGGGCAUCGAUUGUGUGAAAAGAGUACGUUUGCAAACUCUUCGUGCCGAGUUUGAAGUUAUUCACAUGAAAGAUGGUGAAACUAUUUCUGAUUAUUUUUCACAAUUACUUGUAAUUGUUAAUCGUUUGAAAAGUAAUGGAGAGAGUAUUGAAGACGUUCGUGUGGUGGAGAAAAUAUUAAGAUCUCUUGCAAAUAAAUUUGAGCAUGUCGUGGUGGCUAUUGAAGAGUCCAAAGAUUUCGAGACUCUCUCAAUUGAUGAAUUAAUGAGAUCCCUUCAAGUGCAUGAGCAUCGUAUGGAAAAGAAUUCCAACUAUGUUGUCAUUGAGCAAGCAUUAUAG